AUGGAUAGCGUUCCUGCGGAAACAGGCAGCAGUAACCCAUUCAUUUGGCUGUCCACUCUCAUAAUGGCCUUGGACCUCAAUUUUCUCAUCACAUUUUUCUACAACCAGUUCCGGCGCCUUCCGAAACCAGAAAAGAGUUUCACCGGGCAGACAAUCAUCGUCACAGGCGCAAAUGUCGGGCUAGGCCUCGAAGCAGCGCGGCAUUUCGCCCGGCUUGAUGCAGCUCGGGUGAUCCUGGCAUGUCGCGAUACCGAGAAGGGCGAACGCGCCAGGGCCGACAUUGAGCGUUCGACCGGGCGGGGCGAUGUCGUGGAGGUCUGGGCCGUGGACCUUUGCAGCUUCGAGAGCGUCAAGCAAUUCUGCCACCGUGCGGACCAGCUGCAGCGCCUGGACGUGGUCGUGGAAAAUGCGUCGGUGGCCUUCGUCGGCCCACUUGGGAAGCUGGCGGAGGGGUUUGAAAGCACCAUCACGGUGAAUGUGCUUGCUACUUUCCUCAUGGCGUUGCUGCUUCUGCCGACACUGAGGCGGACCGCGACCAAGUUCAAUGUCCAACCCAAUUUGGUGAUUGUGUCGUCGGAUGCACAUUUCGCGGCAGGGUUCAGGGAAAGAACAGCUUCGACAAUAUUUGAUGCCUUCAGGUCAGACUCGGUGGAACCUGACAGAUAUCAGACCUCCAAGCUUCUGCAGGUCUUCUUGACCCGGCAGCUCGCACAGGAGAUGUCGAAACCCACCAGUAGCAGCAACGGCAAGGUCAUCCUGAACACCCUGAACCCAGGUUUCUGCCGGACAGCACUGUUCCGUGACAACAAGUUCCCUGCGUCCAUGUUCUUGAUGUUCACGAGCCAGCUCCUCGGCCGGUCUGCCGAGGUGGGCUCGAGGGUUAUCGUGGACGCUGCCGCGGCGGGGCCGGAAACGCACGGCAAGUGGCUGGACACGUUGGAAAUCAGAGAGCCCAGUGCUUAUGUGCGUGGCGAGGAGGGACAGGAGAUGCAGCGACGGCUUUAUGACGAGCUGGUGGAAAUCCUCGACCGAGUUGAGCCCAACGUAGCGAGCAAGAUCUAA